AUGUGGGUCGUCUUCCUGAAGAUAUCCCUCUACCGCCGCGCUGACGAACGUGCGGAAAGCUCAGGACAGGACGUCGUCGAGCUGCUCCUGACGUCUAGCAUCACGAACAUCUCGUCACCAACCGCCUCCUUCACCUUCAAACUCGCGUCUCACAAUGAAGGACGCGAGGCAAAGAAAGAGUCUGUAGACAGGAUCAAGGACCACGCAGCUGCGUUCGCCUACUUCCUCGAGCAUCUGAAGAACGAGAGCAAGAUCAAACGGGAGUCCAUCGUGCACGUCUGCCAUCGUGUCGUGCAUGGCGGUGACUACUUUGAGCCUGUAAUCAUCAACUCGGAGAGCUACCAACAUAUUGAGAACCUGUCUGAUCUCGCUCCACUCCACAACGGCGCUGCGCUCUCAGUCAUGAAGAGCACCAUCGACUCUCUUCCGAAGGCGAGCUCUAUCGCAUACUUUGAUACCUCGUUCCACAGGUCGAUACCCCUGCACGUCGCUCGCUAUGCGAUCAAUCCGGAGGUUGCCCAUAAGCGCGGACGGAAGAAGUACGGCUUCCGUGGCCCGAGUUAUGCAUACAUCCUCGGUGCUGUUGGUCAUUAUCUGCAAAAGGACACGUCCGCUCUCAACCUCAUCGUCAUGCACCUCGGUUCCGGGGCCAGCAUCUGUGCCAUCCGGAACGGACAGUCUCUCGAUACGUCCAUGGGGCUCACGCCCGUCUCUGGCCUCCCGGGCGCGACACGUAGCGGGCUUGUCGACUUGUCCCUCAUCUUCCACUACAGGAACCGCGCUGUAUGGAUCACCCACGACCAAACUGUCGACGUGCGUGUCACGCAGGCCGAGGAGAUCCUCAACACCGAGUCGGGGUGGAAGGCGCUCACCGGGACGUCGGAUUUCAAUGAGGUCGUGAAGAACAUGCAGGAGCACUUGCAGCAGCAGGGGGCAAUGAAGGGCAGGGAUGUCGUGGACUGGCAGAGCAAGGCCACGUGGAAGCUCAAGUUUGAUCUGUUCCGAGUCGUGGACAGGAGGCUGGGCGGGAGGGCGGACGCAAUCGUCUUCUCUGGUGGCAUUGACGAGCGGAGCGCCGAGCUUCGGGAGGCCGUCGUGCGGAGUUCAGAGUGUCUUCGCUCCCGGCUCGACGAGGCGGCCAACGUGAAAGUGAGCCAGCAGGAAGGCGUGGUUGUCAGCGCGGGUAAGAGGACAGACUUGGAUGUCUGGCGUGUAUUGGUGUGUAGGAUAGAUGAGCAGGUGGGCAACAGCCUGUGGUCCCUAGUACUGGCAAUGUACUGCUAA